AUGCCAAAAAAGAGGAGUAUACGAAACACACUACUCAUACAUUUGCUGAAAAAUCUGACAGCCCAUGAUCGGCGCACAUCAGGUAGACUCAGUUUCCGAGCUUCCCUUAACGUCACAUUCUACUUGAACCCAAAUUGCACGAAAUUAGCGAAAUGCACUUAUUCGCCUGCCAUUUUGGUUUUUACGGAAGACCCACUUAGAACCCAGCUAAAAUUCUCGUUUACGAUUUGUAUGCAAUGGCCUAUUAAAAGCGGUUCUGCUGUAACGCCGUUUCCGUGCCUAGCUGCCACGCCACCCGAAGCAGGCACGAGGGCCAAGAUAGUGCCAGGUUGCCCAAGCCUAGACAGGAGAAGCCGAGGGGUCGGGUUUGCCCCACGGGCCUUCCUGACACUCGUAGUAGCCAAAGCGUCCCGACAAGUAGCCUCAGGCAGCAAGUCAUGUCGAAUGAUAAUAAUUUUACUUGCUUGCGAUGGCUGGACAACUGAUAUGGUAACUGGCAGGACUUUAACUUCAACAACCGAAGAAUUUGGCUCAAGUGCGAAGACAGCAGUGAUUGGCGCAUAA